AUGAUGGAUUGUAAUCCAGUGAAGACGCCCUUAGAUCCUAAUCAAAAACUGACGAAAGAGAUGUGUCCUCAAAGCGAAACUGAACGCGAAGAAAUGACUGAUGUACCUUACCAACAAGCUGUUGGUAGUAUAUUGUUUGCGGCUCAAGUUUCACGUCCCGAUAUCUGCUUUGCUGUGAGUACGGUCAGCCGAUACAAUCAAAAUCCUGGAAAACCACACUGGACAGUAGUUAAACAUAUUCUACGGUACCUUAAGGGAACAGCCGAUAUGAAACUUGUAUAUACCAGUUGUGAUAACAAUGUAUCCGCUUUUUGCGAUGCUGACUGGGCAAGCGAUACUGAUGAAAGACGUUCUGUUACCGGCUAUACUUUCCUGCUUAAUAAUGGAGCUAUUUCUUGGAAUUCGAAGAAACAACCAACGGUUGCUAUCUCAACUACCGAAGCAGAAUAUAUGGCGCUAGCAGAAGCAGCUCAAGAAGCAACUUGGUUGAAAAUGUUGCAGAGAGAGCUCAUUCCAAACUCACCAGACUCGACAACAAUCCGAUGUGACAAUCAAAGUGCUAUAAAUUGGCUCUUACCAGUUCUUAUCAUGGCAGAACCAAACACAUUGAUGUCAAUCACCAUUUUAUAA